GGCUCGCGCGCGCGAAGGGCGGCGACCCCUCGCGGACGCACGGACGGUCGGCCGCGCCCCGCGCUCCGCGGGUCCCGGCUCUCGCCCUCGCGCGCGCCCCCGUGCCCUCCCGGUGCCCUCCAGCGCGCCGGCGGGACCAUGAAGAAGUUCUCUCGGAUGCCCAAGUCGGAGGGCAGCGGCGGCGGCGGGGCGGCGGCUGGCGGGGCCGCGGGCGCCGGGCUCAGCGGCGGCUUCGCGGGCUCGUCCAUGGGGGUCCGGGUGUUCGCCGUCGGCCGCUACCAGGUCACCCUGGAGGAGUCGCUGGCCGAAGGUGGAUUCUCCACUGUUUUCCUGGUGCGGACUCAUGGUGGGGUCCGAUGUGCACUGAAGCGAAUGUAUGUCAAUAAUACACCCGACCUCAACAUUUGUAAAAGGGAAAUCACAAUUAUGAAAGAACUAUCUGGCCACAAAAAUAUUGUUGGUUAUUUGGACUGUGCUGUCAAUUCAAUUAGUGAUAAUGUAUGGGAAGUGCUUAUCUUAAUGGAAUAUUGUCGAGCUGGGCAGGUAGUGAAUCAGAUGAAUAAGAAGCUGCAGACAGGCUUCACCGAGUCAGAGGUCCUACAGAUCUUCUGUGAUGCCUGCGAAGCUGUCGCAAGGUUGCAUCAAUGUAAGACUCCGAUAAUCCACCGGGAUCUGAAGGUAGAAAAUAUUUUGCUAAAUGAUGCUGGAAAUUAUGUACUUUGUGACUUUGGCAGUGCCACUAAUAAAUUUCUUAAUCCUCAAAAAGAUGGAGUUAAUGUCGUAGAAGAAGAAAUUAAAAAAUACACGACUCUGUCAUACAGAGCCCCGGAAAUGAUCAACCUUUAUGGAGGGAAACCCAUUACCACCAAGGCUGACAUCUGGGCCCUGGGAUGUUUACUAUAUAAACUUUGUUUCUUCACGCUUCCUUUUGGUGAGAGUCAGGUUGCUAUCUGUGAUGGCAGCUUCACCAUCCCAGACACUUCUCGCUACUCUCAGAACAUACAUUGUUUGAUUCGCUUCAUGCUUGAACCAGACCCAGAGCGCAGACCUGACAUAUUUCAGGUAUCCUACUUUGCAUUCAAAUUCGCCAAAAAGAAUUGUCCAGUCUCCAACAUCAAUAAUUCUUCUCUUCCCUCCACUCUUCCUGAACCGAUGACUGCUAGUGAAGCGGCUGCUAGGAAAAGCCAGAUGAAAGCCAGAAUAACAGAUACCAUUGGACCAACUGAAACCUCAAUUGCACCGAGACAAAGACCAAAGGCCAAUUCUACUGCUGCCACCUCCAAUGUGCUGACCAUUCAGAGUUCAGCAACGCCCGUCAAAGUCCCUGCUCCUGGUGAAUUCAGUAACCACAAACCCAAAGGAACAUUGAGACCUGGAAAUGGGUCUGACAUCUUAAUGGGUCAAGGUCCCUCUCAGCAACCACCACAGCAGCAUAGAGUCCUCCAGCAGUUACAGCAGGGAGAUUGGAGAUUACAGCAACUUCAUUUGCAUCAUCAUCCUCACCAGCAGCAGCAGCAGCAACAGCAGCAGCAGCAGCAGCAGCAGCAGCAGCAACAGCAACUGCUUCAAAAUGCUUAUUUGCAGCAGUAUCAACAUGCAAUGCAACAGCAGCAGAUUCUUCAACAACAGUUUUUAAUGCAUUCCGUGUAUCAGCCACAGCCUCCUGCAUCACAAUAUCCUACCAUGAUGCAGCAGUAUCAGCAGGCUUUCUUGCAGCAGCAGAUGCUCGCUCACCACCAGCAGCCUCAACAGCAGGCAUCACCUGAGUAUCUCACCUCCCCUCAAGAGUUCUCACCAGCCUUACUUUCCUCAUCACUUUCAGCUCAGGUUGGAACCAUAGUGGACUCCUCUUACAGUGCCAACAGGUCAGUUGCUGAGAAAGAGGCAGUUGCAAAUUUUACAAAUCAGAAGUCCAUCAGUCACCCUCCUGACAUGUCAGGGUGGAAUCCUUUUGGAGAAGACAAUUUUUCCAAAUUAACAGAAGAGGAGCUGUUGGACAGAGAAUUUGACCUUCUAAGAUCAAACAGGCUCGAGGAGAGCGCACCCUCAGAUAAGAAUGUAGACCCACUCUCUGCGCCGCAUAACCACCCUCCGGAAGACCCUUUUGGUUCUGUCCCUUUCAUUUCUCACUCAGGUUCUCCUGAAAAGAAAACUGAACAUUCUCCAAAUAAAAAAAAUAUCACUGAAAACCCUAUUAAAAAUGGAAGUGCCAGUCCGGCAUGUAAAGAUCAACGAGCGGGAAAGCAAACCUCUGAGACUCCAGUAGUUAGGGGUCAAGCGCAGAAGGCACGUGAUGAUUCGGAAAGCGAUUUUGAAUCAGAUCCGCCUUCUCCGAAGAGCAGUGAAGAAGAACAAGAGGAUGACGACGUUCAGGGAGAACAUGGGGACUUUAAUGAUGAUGACACCGAGCCAGAGAACCUGGGUCACAGGCCUCUGCUCAUGGACUCCGAAGACGAGGACGAGGAGGACAAGCACAGCUCCGACUCAGAGUAUGAGCAGGCCAAGGCCAAGGGCAGAGACGUGAGCUCCCUGCCCAGAGACAAACCUGGUGGUGGGCAGAGCCCAGCCCGAGACCCAGCGCUCCUCACCCCCGCCCAUUCACCAGGCGAUGCCCUGACUCAGGAGUUUGAUGUGUUCGGGGCUGUGCCCUUCUUUGCAGUGCGCGCGCCACAGCUGCAGCACAGAGGGAAUGGCAAGAACCUGCCCCAGCAGACAUUUUCAGAGCAGGAGGACUUUGAUGUAUUCACAAAGGCACCCUUCAACAGGAAGGUGAGUGUACAGGACUGGCCCGCCGCCGGGUCGGACGCCUGCUCUCUGCCCGCACGGCCUAGAAGUGUAGAUAUAUUUGGCUCCACUCCCUUCCAGCCAUUUUCUCCAUCAGCGAGUAAAAGUGAGAGCAAGGAGGAUGUUUUUGGGCUUGUGCCCUUUGAGGAAAUAACAGGGAGUCAGCAGCAAAAAGUCAAGCAGCGCAGCUUGCAGAAACUUUCCUCUCGCCAGAGACGCACAAAGCAAGACAUGUCCAAAAGCAACGGGAAGCGCCAUCACGGCACACCCACCAGCACUAAGAAGCCUCUGAAGCCUCCCUACCGCACCCCUGAGAGGGCCCGCAGACACAAAAAGGUGGGCCGCAGGGACUCGCAAAGCAGCAACGAGUUUCUAACCAUUUCAGACUCCAAGGAGAACAUCAGCGUUGCACUGACGGAUGGCAAAGACAGGACCGGUGUCCUGCAAGCUGAGGAGAGUCUGCUGGACCCCUUCGGCGCCAAACCUUUCCACCCUCCGGACUUGUGGCACCAGUCCCACCAGAGCCUAGGCGACAUCUGUGUUGAUCACAAUACCAUUUUGCCUGGGAGGCCAAGACAGAAUUCAGUACACGGGUCAUUCCACAGUGCAGAUGCCUUGAGAAUGGACGACUUUGGUGCCGUGCCCUUUACAGAACUCGUGGUGCAAAGCAUCUCUCCACAACAAUCCCAGCCGGUCGAAUUAGACCCUUUCGGUGCUGCUCCAUUUCCUUCUAAACCAUAGCUUCAGGCAGACUCAGCAAUAACUCCUGUUUUAAAAAAGGAUGAAUAGUUUUAUGAAUCUGGAAGAAAACAUUAUUUGUAUAGUUGUUUAUAUCAUUCAUUCUCACGGCUAAUCAGGAUAGGUGAUUUUUAAACCAAAUGCGAGCAUCUGUACAGGGUAGUAAGUUGAUGCCUUCUUCAAGCAAGAGGGGGCCUAAAUCGAAAGCUCCAAGGGCUUUUGCUACUGACAGCUCAGAGGUGCAAAUGCGGGGCUUCCUGGGAAAGUUUGUAUGUAGCUGCUGAGGGGCAGAAAGCUUAUCACUUCACAUAUCAAAAGGUCACCUAUGUGUGUACCCCCAGAUCCAGCAUUUGAAGCCAGGCUGACUGAAUUUUUCCACCUAGGAGACAGUCUGGGUGUGCUCUUCAUUACAUACUUUUCUCUGUAAGGUAGAGCCAGAGUGACUAUGGUGCCUAAAACUGUUGCGUUUUUAAAAACAAGUGCCAUUAAUAUGGACUUUGUAAUGAUAAGUAUACGAAAUAAUGUAUAUACUAACUCAGUUUAGCCCUUCUAUGGUAUAUAGAUCAAAACAUGUAUAUGAUAAUAUAUAUGCAGUUUUUAAUCUAUCAAAAAUUAAAAUUUUAAAACGUGGAAUGCUUAAUAGAAGCCUAGAACAAAAAUAUAAAGAGAAAUAUCUGGCAUUUGAAAAAUGUAAAAGAAUGAUAUUUCAGAAAGAAAAACAGCAUUUGGUACUUUCGAAUUACUUUGUUUUUGAAUGGUUUUUGCCAAAACCUUUAUCUCUAUAUCCCUAAUGAAGCAUAUUGGUAAAAAGUGGGAGGACACGUUAUAUAGAAAUUUAAUUUAAAAAAAAAACAGUAGCUGAAAGUUUAAAAUGUUCAGAUGUUUACAGUGUAAAAUCAUGUUGCAUUUACUAAUGUACUCUGUUACACACCCGCCCUCAUCCAGCACUCCCAGGUCACAAUGAGCAGUUCCUUCCUUCAGCUUCAGAGGUGGGGACAGUGGGACUCCAGUGCUCCAGCAGUGACACUGAGUCUUAGGGACGCACGCUGUCAGCCCCUCUGCACUGACAGCCAGACCUUCAGUGGCUACAAGAAUUAGAUCAUGGGACUAGGUUUAAUUCUGCUAGCUGAUUGCAUCAUACCAAGCUACCAAAUUGCCUUUAAAAAAAAAUAUCACCAGUCAUAAUGAGAAACUUGAAAUUUUGUAGAGGUUGUGUUUAAUGAUAGCAGUUCUACAUCAGUUAAUGUGAAUGCACUAUCUGUGCCUCCUAUGUCUGUCCUAAGUUAUGAUCAACUGUCUUUACAGAUAAGCAUUAGAAGUUUCUAGAUUAACAGCUAUUUACAAAAAGGGAUGGAAACUUUUUUACCGUUACUUUCCUUGAUUGCUAUAUUUUAACUAUCUUUGCCCCCAAUUAGUGUAUCUUAUAAAUAAUCUCAUUAAAAGCUCUUAAUUUUAGUGUCCUGAUAGGAUAAAUUAUUUGCCUACUUUCACAGUUCAGAACUUGGAAAGAAGCAAAAUAUAUAACUAAGCCACAGUCUUUCUUUUUUUUUUUUUUUAUUAUUGUUAUUUUUUAUUGCUUCUCUCCUCUCAGUGAUCUCAUUCAGGUGAGAAGUGGACAGGGAGCAGCCCCAUCACGUCACCACCCAGAGCUGCGCUGCACUUACUGUCCUUGCGCCCAAGGCCGGAGACUAUGUUAGCACCUUUUCUCCCGGUUCUCAGGUUGAUUAACAUUGCUAAUGCAAACAGCAGUAGAUCCUUUAAACCGCAGAACAGAUUCAGUAAUGCUCUCCUUUUAAAGGGACUAUGAACUGAUGUGGUCUCCUGAGAUGCGACUAUGAAAUCAUAGUUUCACUUGCCUUUCACUGCACUGAAUAAUUUGAAGUGAUUCACUGACAGCCCCUUCGGCUUAUGCUCCAUAAAUUUAGGAAGCGGCUCUGCCACAGCAUCAAAUGUUUACAUUGUCUCCUAUAGCCCACCCAGGUGCCGCUCCUUGUUUGAGACCAGCUCAUUGGACAGAUCAUUUAAUUGGGGCACCUCCUUCCUGUUGAUGUUAGAGGCACUUUCUCAAGACAGGAGACGCCACUUAAAUGUCAGUCUCCACAGCCACUGUCACUCCACUCCAUCAAGCUGAGCCUUAGGUACCUGAUUCCCUACGAGAAUUAGGCUACCAUGCACUUACUGCACACCCAGCACUGACUGAAGGACUGGCUCUGUCACAGGAUGGCCCAGUUCUGGUUUAAAGAAUGUCAUUUGGGUGUGCCCUGUGCUUCUAAGUAUGCAAAGUAGUCCUAACUAAACCUGUUAGACUUGAACAUCAAAGGGAAGUCACGUUAGGAACAUAGCAGGAGUCUGAGGCCAAAGUUCUUACCUAGAAGCUUUAAUACUGCUUGUUAACUUUGAAUCUUUUCUUAAAAGUGGGCCAUUUGCUUUCAUCACUUCAGUAAAUGUUAGAUUUUAAGAUCAUCUUUCAUGGUAUUGAAGAAUGUAUCUACUGAGGCACACAAGUUGCUUAGUGUGUAGUUGGAGAAAAGGUCCUUUGUAAGCUGGGUGAAAUGUAACUGACUAGAAUAUUAAGCAAAGAUGCUCCUCCCCCUGGGAUGUGUUUCCUUGGGCGUGGUUAGGAAAUCACUUGGCUCUCAGAUGUGCGCACCUUGCAGUCCUAGCCUGUUUCUUGUUUAACAGGGACUGACUAUUGUUCUCAUCAUGCUGGUGGGAAGUGCUAUGGUGGAGCCCACUCUCCUGUGCUGGUGUUCCAGGCAGUCUCCCCAUGGGUUCUCUAGGUUUGGGCACUUCCCUUAGGCAUUGCUAGAAGGUGCAUGUGUUACGGGGAGUUUGGGUACAUUUGUUUAUUAUAUGUAGGAUGUCUAGUGAACUUCGUCAGUUUUUCCUUUUUUAUUUUUAGCAAAACUAGUCAUUAAUUUAGGUCCAGUUGUUGAGUUGACAGUCUACUGUGAGAAGAUGACGUGUCUGCUGUGAGAGUAACAAAUGACUGUUGGAAAUCUUUAUACUCGGUAAUGUUUUCUACUAAGAUAAAAAGACAUGCACAUCACAGCUCUCUAUUAUGGAAUUAAUGUGAAUUUAAAAAGGCAAUCUUUUGAAAAAAAAAUUUUUUUUUGAGAGAAUUCACUCCUAGUGAAGGUUUACAAAAGCCACUAAAAGGAAUAAGUAUCUGAAAAUAUGGAGGGUUGGAUCUGGUUUAGUUUUUUUUUUUUUUUUUUUUUAAUUAUAAAAUUCACAGUGCUACUUUCAGGAAAACUGACUUUAUUACUAUGGGUUUUUUUGUUUUUGUUUUUGUGACUGAAAAGUCAUCCAGUAGAUGUAGUAGCCACUUGACUUUUCUUUUGCAGUGCUGGGAACUGAACCCAGGCUUGUGCAUGCUAGGCAGGCGCUUUAGCGCUGAGCUACACCUCCAGCCUGGAAGCUCUCUUUUAAUUGCUGGCAAACAGCUUUAAGUGCACUUUCUUUGAUUACACUCCAGUUUUUGUUAAACUUGAAUUUUCUGAAGCCUUUUAUGUACCACUAAGCAAAUAACUUUAAUCUUUAAAUAAACCGGAUUUAUAUCUUUAGUUAUGUUUCUAAUUGUUAUAAAUCAUACUUGCUAAAGUAACCUAAGUCCUCAAAUGUAGCUGGGAAACUUAAAUAGAAUUCAGUUGCUUUCUCUGUACCCGGUUAAGCACUAAUUUUAUUACCCUAUUGCCUUUACAUUGCUUAGUCUUGAAUUCUGUUCACUGUUUUGUUUGAGAGUUAAAGUUAUUUUCUUACUGUAUUUAUCACACCUACUGUUUUAAUAAUCUGCCUUCUUUAAAUGCAAUAAAUCCCAAAUGGAUUGCUUAUUCUUUAUAA